UGGCCGGGACGGUGAGGAACCGGAGCCGGAGCCGGAGCCGGAGCCGGAGCCGGGCAGGGCAGCGGGGCCGGGGGGCAGCGGCUCGGCCCCCCCCCAGAGCCAUGUUCUCCCGCAAGAAGCGGGAGCUGAUGAAAACCCCCUCCAUCUCCAAGAAGAGCCGGGCGGGGAGCCCCGUCCCGCAGACCCUGCCGGACCUCUCCCGUAAGGAUUGCUUGGAAGCGCCCACCUCCAGCCUGGGGGAGCUGCCCCCAUCCAGCUCCAAGCUCAGCACCAGCCCCAGCGCCAUGGGCACCCUCAAGCGCCCCACCAGCCUCAGCCGCCACGCCAGCGCCGCCGGCUUCCCCCUCACCCCGGCCGGCCCCAGGGCCGUGCCCAAGGGCCACAGGACCCCCACAUCCUCCUCCUACAGCCCCAUGGAGGGCGGUGAGGGUCCCUUCAUCGACACCGAGGACAUCUCCCAGCUCCUGGCACACGUGGCCCGGUUCGCUGAUGCCCUGGAGAAGCUGCGGGACGUGGUGCUGCGGGACGACCCCAAAGAGCCGCAGCGGCCGCUGGCCCACGAGUGCCUGGGUGAAACCCUGCGGGUCCUGCGCCAGGUCAUCAGCAAGUACCCGCUGCUCAACACCCUCGAGACCCUGACGGCUGCCGGCACCCUCAUCUCCAGGGUCAAGGGCUUCCAUUAUGAAUCCAACAAUGAGGUGGACAAGAGGGAGUUCGAGAAGGCCGUGGAGACCAUCGCCGUGUCCUUCAGCAGCACCGUGUCCGAGUUCCUCAUGGGGGAGGUGGACAGCAGCACCAUCCUCUCCAUCCAGAACCAGACUAUGGAGAACCUCUAUGGGGGGAUCCCCGGCCCUGGAGGAGAUGCCCUGCCUCCGGGUAUGGAGAGCUACACCACGGGCGGUCCCCCUGCUGAAGAAGUGGAUGUGCUGCUGCAGCGCUGCGAGGGAGGGGUGGACGCUGCCCUGCAGUACGCCAAGAACAUCUCCAAGUACAUGAAGGACCUCAUGGGGUACCUAGAGAAAAGGACCACGCUGGAGAUGGAGUUUGCCAAAGGGUUUCAGAAGAUGGCCAAUAGCUGCAAGCAAACCUUCAGCCAGGAGGCCAACAUGCCCUUCCUGUCCAUCUACCUGCUGACCCUGGAGCAGGACACGGAGCACGCAGCAUCGGUCCUGCAGGCUGCCAGCACCCUGCAGCAGCAAACCUUCCUCCAGCCGCUCUCCCUGAGGCGCCUGGAACACGAGAAGAGGAGGAAGGAGAUCAAGGAGCAGUGGCACCGGGCGCAGAGGAAGCUGCAAGAGGCAGAGGCGAACCUGCGCAAGGCCAAGCAGACCUACAUGCAGCGCAGCGAGGAGCACGACAAGGCCAAGUACAUGGCGGUGAAAGCAGAAGAAGACCAGCAGAGCAUCACCAGCAGCAUCACCACCAAAACCCUGGACAAGAAGAGGAGGCUGGAAGAGGAAGCCAAGAACAAGGCGGAGGAGGCGAUGGCCACGUACCGGACCUGUGUUGCGGAUGCCAACACGCAGAAGCAGGAGCUGGAGGACACCAAAGUGAAUUCCUUGCGGCAGAUCCAUGAAAUGAUCAAGCAGAGCGACCAGGUCAUCAAGCUGGCCACCAUCUCCUUCUACCAGAUCAUGCACAUGCAGACGGCCCCGUUGCCCGUCAACUUCCAGACCCUGUGUGAGAGCAGCAAGCUCUAUGACCCUGGCCAGCAGUACGCCUCGCACGUCCGGCAGCUCCAGCGCGGCGACGAGCCCGACACCCAGUACGACUUCGAGCCCUACGUCUCCCACAACGCCUGGUCCCCCUUCACUCGGACACGCAAAGGCAGCUUCAAUGCUGAGUUCCCAUCGGGAGCUGGCUCUGAUGGAGCCGGGAUGCCCAAGGAUGGGGCUGUCUCGGAAGGGGGAGCAGAAGCCAAGGAGCAGCACGGUGGGGCCAUGGCUGCUGAGGGCAGAGGUGGGAGGGGACACCAGGUCCAUAAAUCCUGGCCAACCACCGUGCCCGAAGCUGACAGCAGCCUGGAUUCAAGCACAGGGGAGUUCAGCCACAAGCUCCAGCGCUUGUCCUCCAACGGCACCGCAUCCUCCAGCGAGGAGCUGGAGGAGAAGGAUGAGAGCACGGCCCCCUUUGAGCAGGGCAUCAAUGGGAUCACCCCAGAGAUGGCGGCUCCAACGGGGCCGUUCCGAAACAUUGGCUUAUCCAAGGCUGCCCAGACCCAUCGGCUGCGGAAGCUCCGAACCCCUUCCAAGUGCCGGGAGUGCAACAGCUACGUUUACUUCCAGGGAGCAGAGUGUGAGGAGUGCAACCUGGCCUGCCACAAGAAGUGCCUGGAAUCCUUGGCCAUCCAGUGCGGGCACAAGAAGCUCCAAGGGAAGCUGCAGCUUUUCGGGCAGGACUUCACGAAGGCUUCUCAGAGCAGCGCCGACUGCAUCCCCUUCAUCAUCAAGAAGUGCAUCGCCGAGAUCGAGAAGCGGGCACUGAAAACCAAGGGCAUUUACCGGGUCAACGGCGUCAAGACCCGAGUGGAGAAGCUCUGCCAAGCGUUUGAGAACGGGAAGGAACUGGUGGAGCUGUCCCAGGCCUCUCCCCAUGAUAUCAGCAACGUCCUGAAGCUCUACCUGAGGCAGCUCCCGGAGCCCCUGAUGCCCUUCCGCAUGUACAACGAGCUGAUGGGCCUGGCCAAGGAGAGCCUGCAGGGCGGCGAGGCCAAGGGCAGGAGCGGCAAAGGGGGCCCCGAGCUGGAGGACAAAGGAGCCGACACCGACAGGGUGGUGCUGAACCUGGUGCUGAAGCUGAAGGAGCUGCUGAAGGAGCUGCCCCAUGAGAACAUGGCCACGCUGCAGUACCUGCUGCAGCACCUGAGGAGGAUCGUGGAAGUGGAACAGGACAACAAGAUGACCUCAAGCAACCUGGGCAUCGUCUUCGGGCCGACGCUGAUGCGCCCGAGGCCCACAGAUGCCACCGUUUCCCUGUCCUCGCUGGUGGAUUACCCGCACCAGUCUCGCAUCAUCGAGGCCCUCAUCAUCUUCUACCCCAUCAUCUUUGAGAGCAAGGAGCUGGUGGCAAUGGGAGACUGCAGCAAACACGCUCCGGAUGGCGCAGGGGAGGCAGGGACCUGCUCUGAGCUGGGCUCCCCGUGUCCCGCAGAGCCCGGCGACCGCUCCGUCGACUCGGACUCGGAGCUGGAGGACAGCGGGGACGCGCUGGGGACCGCGCACGGCGCCUCCCGGGCCCGCCUCACCCAGCAGGGAAGCGAGACCAGCACCGAGGAUGCUCCGGGCUGCGAGGACGGCAGCGAGGGCCCGCGGAGCCGCAGCUGCAGCACCGGCCCCUCGGAUGCGGAGGGCUCCGCUCCGCGCUGCCGCAGCCCCCUUGGGAACGAGCACAGCGAUGCUGAAUGACCCCGAGCGCUGCCU